AUGGACAGUUGGCCGGAGACAAGGGACAAUCUGAGAGAGAUGAACAGUUGGCAGGAGACAAGGGACAAUCUGAGAGAGAGAGGGACAGUUGGCAGGAGAAAGGAUAGGAAGUGAAGGAUCAUUAAAACAGCUCAGUGUUGACUUAAAAUGUAUGAAUAAAAAGCCCUCUAACAUACAUGCCUGUCUCUACCGCUCCACCCCACCUCUCCUCCCCACUCAAUUCAAUUCAAUUCAAUUGAGUGGGAAGGAGAGGAGGAGUGGUACAGACAGGCAUGUAGUUAGAGGGUCUAUUUUACCCAUUGAUCUGAAGACGAGGGAGAAGGAGAGAGAAUUAUACUGCCGUAUCUUCUCCCAUCUUAUGCUGUUGCUCUGCGAGUCUAUCUCGCUACUAUCUCUAUUCUCAUCUCUCUCUCUCUCUCUUUCGCUAUGCUCUCGCUCCUCUCUCAUCUCUCUCUCUCUCAUCUCUCCUCCUUCGCUCUCUCUUCUCCUCCAUCUUUUCUCUCUCUCUCUCGUCACCAGCCACGGCCACCCUAGCCCCAGGCCCCUGUAACGCUACAGACAUCACUAAAUGGGACAAGCUCUUCUCCCUGCUGGAGAACUCUCAGAUGAGGGAGACAUGCUUCUGCAGUACUCCGAUGACAUCAUCAAGGUGGAGUUGGGGGUCGCUGCGUGGAGAGAUGCUAAGGUUGGUUUUUGAGAAGAAAGUCUGUGCUAUGUAUAUGCACUUAUAUAAACACCCUUACUGUAUAUAAACACCCUUACUGUAUUUAAAGACCCUACUGUAUUUAAAACACCUUUAUGGAUAUAAACACCCUUACUGUAUAUAAACAACCUUACUGUAUUUAAACACCUUUACUGUAUAUAAACACCUUUACUGUAUAUAAAGACCCUUACUGUAUUUAAACACCCUUACUGUAUUUAAACACCCUUACUGUAUAUAAACACCCUUACUGUAUAUAAACACCCUUACUGUAUUUAAACACUUUACUGUAUAUAAACACCUUAUGUAUAUAAACACCCUUACUGUAUUUAAACACCCUUACUGUAUAUAAACACCCUUACUGUAUAUAAACACCCUUACUGUAUUUAAACACCUUUACUGUAUAUAAACACCCUUACUGUAUAUAAACACCCUUACUGUAUUUAAACACCUUUACUGUAUAUAAACACCUUUACUGUAUAUAAAGACCCUUACUGUAUAUAAACACCCUUACUGUAUUUAAACACCCUUACUGUAUUUAAACACCCUUACUGUAUAUAAACACCCUUACUGUAUAUAAACACCCUUACUGUAUAUAAACACCCUUACUGUAUAUAAACACCUUUACUGUAUUUAAACACCUUUACUGUAUAUAAACACCCUUACUGUAUAUAAAGACCCUUAGAGCUGCCGAACAAAAAUAUCAACGCAACAUGUCCCAUGUUUCAUGAGCUGAAAUAAAACAAUCCCAGAAAUGUUCCAUAUGCACAAAAAGCUUAUUUCUCUCAAAUGUUGCGCUCAAAUUUGUGGAUUGGCUGGGCCUGGCUCCUCAGUGGGUGGAUCUUGCUCCCAAGUAUGUGGGUCUAUGCCCUCCCAGGCCCAUCCAUGGCUGCACCCCUACGCAGUCAUGUGAAAUCCAUAGAUUAGGGCCUAAUGAAUUUAUUUAAAUUGACUGAUUUCCUUCUAUGAACUGUAACUCAGUAAAAUCUUUGAAAUUGUUGCAUGUUGUGUUUAUAUUUUUGUUCAGUAUAAAUGGAACUCUCAGCCAAUGGAACAUAACCACCAAUCCCAAAUUGACCUUUACCCCCCUAACCCCUGUACACCUGUGUACAGUCAUGGUCAAAGGUUUUGAGAAUGACACAAGUAUUGGUCUGCUUCAGUGUUUUUAAGAUGUUUUUGUCAGAUGUUACUAUGAAGUAUAAUUACAAGCAUUCCAUAAGUGUCAAAGGCUUUUAUUGACACUUACAUGAAGUUUAUGCAAAGAGUCAAUAUUUGCAGUGUUGACCCUUCUUUUUCAAGACCUCUGCAAUCCGCCCUGGCAUGCUGUCAAUUAACUUCUGGGCCACAUCCUGACUGAUGGCAGCCCAUUCUUGCAUAAGCAAUGCUUAUAGUUUGUCAGAAUUUGUGGGGUUUUGUUUGUCCACCCGCCUCUUGAGGAUUGACCACAAGUUCUCAAUGGGAUUAAGGUCUGGGGAGUUUCCUGGCUAUGGACCAAAAUUUCGAUGUUUUGAUCCCCGAGUCACUUAGUUAUCACUUUUGCCUUAUGGCAAGGUGCUCUAUCAUGCUGUAAAAGGCAUUGUUCAUCACCAAACUGUUCUUGGAUGGUUGGGAGAAGUUGCUCUCGGAGGAUGUGUUGGUACCAUUCUUUAUUCAUGGCUGUGUUCUUAGGCAAAAUUGUGAGUGAGCCCACUCCCUUGGCUGAGAAGCAACCCCACACAUGAAUGGUCUCAGGAUGCUUUAUUGUUGGCAUGACACAGGACUGAUGGUAGCGCUCACCUUGUCUUCUCCGGACAAGCUUUUUUCCGGAUGCCCCAAACAAUCGGAAAGGGGAUUCAUCAGAUAAAAUUACUUUAACCCAGUCCUCAGCAGUCCAAUCCCUGUACCUUUUGCAGAAUAUCAGUCUGUCACUGAUGUUCUGGAGAGAAGUGGCUUCCUCGCUGCCCUUCUUGACACCAGGCCAUCCUCCAAAAGUCUUUGCCUCACUGUGCGUGCAGAUGCACUCACACCUGCCUACUGCCAUUCCUGAGCAAGCUCUGCACUGGUGGUGCCCCGAUCCCGCAGCUGAAUCAACUUUAGGAGACGUCCUGGCGCUUGCUGGACUUUCUUGGGCGCCCUGAAGCCUUCUUCACAACAAUUGAACCUCUCUCCUUGAAGUUCUUGAUGAUCCGAUAAAUGGUUGAUUUAGGUGCAAUCUUACUAGCAGCAAUAUCCUUGCCUGUGAAGCCCUUUUUGUGCAAAGCAAUGAUGACGGCACGUGUUUCCUUGCAGGUAACCAUGGUUAACAGAGGAAGAACAAUGAUUUCAAGCACCACCCUACUUUUAAAGCUUCUAGUCUGUUAUUCUAACUCAAUCAGCAUGACAGAGUGAUCUCCAGCCUUUUCCUCGUCAACACUCUCACCUGUGUUAACGAGAGAAUCACUGACAUGAUGUAAGCAGGUCCUUUUGUGGCAGGGCUGAAAUGCAGUGGAAAUGUUUUUUUGGGGGGGAGAUUAAGUUCAUUUUCAUGGCAAAGAGGGACUUUGCAAUUAAUUGCAAUUCAUCUGAUCACUCUUCAUAACAUUCUGGACUAUAUGCAAAUUGCCAUCAUAAAAAUCUGAGGCAGCACACUUUGUGAAAAUUAAUAUUUGUGUCAUUCUCAAAACUUUUGACCACGACUGUAUAUCUGAAAGCAGUCCGUGUGGAAAAGGGCGUAAGAAACUACUGGUGCAGUUGGCUAGCUUGGCUCCCAUGUGUACUGUACUUCCUGGUCUCUGAUGUAAUCCCUCUCUAAUCCCUCUUCUCCUCACCCCAGGUUCGUGGCUCAGUACGGAGAGGCCUGUGGCAUUGCAGUGGAGACCGCUGGACGGAGGAUGUCCAUGCAGAUGGAGGCUCGCCUCAGGGAGAGCAUGGGGCAUCUCAGACAGGAUCGGAGCAUUGCUGCUAGCGAUUCAGCAGGGAAUAGCCAUCAGGAAAAGCUGUUACAGCAGCUUCUUACUGCGGCGAGGACACAAGAUAUCCGACUCAUCAAGCUGGAAAACAGCUGCCUGAGUAAUCCAGAGGCUAAGGGGGAAAACCUGCAGCAGGAAGUGGCAUCAGCAGAGAUGCUGGAUGCCGUGGUGACAGAGUUGGUGAAGACGAGGGCAGUGCUAGAGCUAGUGUUCAAAUCGGCACAGCAACGACACCUGCCCGCAGGUGAGAACACCACUUCCUGUGUCCCUAUCUAUACAUCCUGCCAUCCUUUACAUCAGUGGUUCUCAACCAUGGGUACUAGUACUUGGCCUAUCCACAGGGGGUACUUGACUCAACCAGGGGUACUAGUACUUGGCCUAUCCACAGGGGGUACUUGAGAAGACUCAUGAGACCGUAGGCUUACUGGUCAAAUGCACAUGAGGGGGUAGUUCAGGUGUACUCUGGGCAGAGCAGCAUGUCCUUGUGGUAGAGCAACCGAACAAGGUUGAGAAGCCCUGCUCUACAUAAUGUAGCAGAUUUAUGUUUAGACACAAUCAGGUAAUACAGCACUCCUCUUACAAGAAUCACACCAGACAUCCCUCCCAGGCAAUUUGAUCCUUACAACCGAUCGAUUCUUGAAAGAAUGAAAAUAGGAAAUACAGUGACUUGCAAAAGUAUUCAUCCCCCCGUUGGCGUUUUUCCUAUUUUGUUGCAUUACAACCUGUAAUUUAAAUUGAUUUUUAUUUGGAUUUCAUGGACAUACACAAAAUAGUCAAAAUUGGUGAAGUGAAAUGUAAAAAAAUUACUUGUUUCAGAAAAUUCUAAAAAAUAAAUAACGGAAAAGUGGUGCGUGCAUUUGUAUUUACUCCCUUUGCUAUGAAACCCCUAAAUAAGAUCUGGUGCAACUAAUUAGCUUCAUAAAUCACAUAAUUAGUUAAAUAAAGUCCACCUGUGUGCAAUCUAAGUGUCACAUGAUCUGUCACAUGAUCUCAGUAUAUAUACACCUGUUCUGAAAGGCCCCAGUCUGCAACACCACUAAACAAGGGGUACCACCAAGCAAGCAGCACCAUGAAGACCAAGGAGCUCUCCAAACAGGUCAGGGACAAAGUUGUGGAGAAGUACAGAUCAGGGUUGGGUUAUAAAAAAAUAUCAGAAACUUUGAACAUCCCACGGAGCACCAUUAAAUCCAUUAUUAAAAAAUGGAAAGAAUAUGGCACCACAACAAACCUUCCAAGAGAGGGCCGCCCACCAAAACUCACAGAUCAGGCAAGGACGGCAUUAAUCAGAAAGGCAACAAAGAGACCAAAGAUAACCCUGAUGGAGCUGCAAAGCUCCACAGCGGAGAUUGGAGUAUCUGUCCAUAGGACCACUUUAAGCCGUACACUCCACAGAGCUGGGCUUUACGGAAGAGUGGCCAGAAAAAAGCCUUGGCUUACAGACAAAAAUAAGCAAACACGUUUGGUGUUCGCCAAAAGGCAUGUGGGAGACUCCCCAAACAUAUGGAAGAAGGUACUCUGGUCAGAUGAGACUAAAAUUGAGCUUUUUGGCCAUCAAGGAAAACGCUAUGUCUGGCGCAAACCCAACACCUCUCAUCACCCUGAGAACACCAUCCCCACAGUGAAGCAUGGUGGUGGCAGCAUCAUGCUGUGGGGAUGUUUUUCAUCGGCAGAGACUGAGAAACUGGUCAGAAUUGAAGGAAUGAUGAAUGGCGCUAAAUACAGAAAUUCUUGAGGGAAACCUGUUUCAGUCUUCCAGAGAUUUGAGACUGGGACGGAGGUUCACCUUCCAGCAGGACAAUGACCCUAAGCAUACUGCUAAAGCAACACUUGAGUGGUUUAAGGGGAAACAUUUAAAUUGUCUUGGAAUGGCCUAGUCAAAGCCCAGACCUCAAUCCAAUUGAGAAUCUGUGGUAUGACUUAAAGAUUACUGUACACCAGCGGAACCCAUCCAACUUCAAGGAGCUGGAGCAGUUUUGCCUUGAAGAAUGGGCAAAAAUCCCAGUGCCUAGAUGUGCCAAGCUUAUAGAGACAUACCCCAAGAGACUUGCAGCUGUAAUUGCUGCAAAAGGUGGCUCUACAAAGUAUUGACUUUGGGGGGGGGGGGGGGGGGGGGGGGGGGGGGGGGUGAAUAGUUAUGCACGCUCAAGUUUUCCAUUAUUUUGUCUUAUUUCUUGUUUGUUUCACACACAAAAAAAAUAUUUUCCAUCUUCAAAGUGGUAGGCAUGUUGUGUAAAUUAAAUGAUACAAACAUCCGUGUUCCAAGCCCAGUCUCUGCAUCUGAAAUAUACCCACAGGUCCUGUUCAGGCCUACUUACUCUGUUGAAAUUCAAUCAAAAAACUAAAUGAGUUAUAGGACUUAUAAUAAGCCCAGAGAGCAACAAGGCUAUUGUUCUAUAAAGAGGAGUCUCUAAGAAUCAGGUCUGUUCAUAUAGAGCUGCCAGGCCUUUCAGUGAGCCCAGCUCCAGUUCCCAGCAUUAAUCGGAUAAAAACUCAAUGUUUUUUAUGUUACACACACACAGGCUAUAUCACCCGCCCUGUAAAUACGCCCUGAAUACUGAGCAGAGGGAGGUAUAAUCAUUAGCAGGUCGGCAAAGCAACCACAGCAAAGCACCCUGGCAAAGCAGAACCAGAUGGGAACGGUUACCCCCCCACCGGAGAGAAAUCUGAGACAAAUGUAACGUCAAUAUUUAGGGUCUGGUAGGAGGAGUCUCUGUAUCAUAACCUAGCUAUCAGAAAUGCUGCUGCAGAGAUAGGGGGAAGGGAGCUGUCCACACUGAUUCAAAACCCACUUUGUCAUACACAAAUCAUACAUAAUCAUACACACACACACACAUACAUACAUACAUACAUACAUACAUACAUACAAAGACUGAUUCAAACCUCCAGAAGUGAUUUCCUCUUCUGGUCUGACUCUGGGUUUAUGCAUUAUCUCAUGGUUUUAUUAUCCCGUUGAUAGACCUCACACAGUAGAGCUGCACACACACACACACACAGUCUUGUACAGCUAACCUUGUGGAGACACACAAUUCAGUCCCAUUCAAAAUCCUAUUUUCCCUAACCCCUAACCCUAACCUUAACCCGUACUCUUACCCUUACCCUAACCUUAACCCAAAAACCUUAACCCUAACCCUAACCCUAAACCUAUCUCCUAGCUCCUAACCCUAACCCUAACCCUAACCCUAACCCUAGCUCCUAACCCUAACCCUAAAACUAACCCUAGCUCCUAACCCUAAACUUAAUUCUAACACUAACACUAACCUUAAACCCCCUAGAAAUAGCAUUAGACCUUGUGGGGACCAACAAAAUGUCCCCAGUUAGUCAAAUGUUAGUUUGUUUACUAUUCUUGUGGGGACUUCUGGUCCCCACAAGAAUAGUUAAACACGUCCACACACACACACACACACACAGACACACACACACACACACACACAGACAGGCCUACUUGUGCACAAGCAAACAAGAGAGAGGUGUGUGUGAUAAGAAACAGACAUGGUGACCAUGGUGACCAUACAGUUUACUCUGUCAUUGCUUAAAGGAAAGAGAGAGAGAGAGAGAAAAAACUACUGCGCCCGCAGAGUGGGAAAAAAGACAGGGGAAAACUUUGGGUCUAUGACAUCACUGAUCGCAUUACCGCUGACCGCAACCUGAACCUCGACCACCCUCUCUCUCACACCAUGGUCUACCGCUCAAAUACCAAACUGCUCCAUUGGCAUGACUGUUAAAGGUUCAACCAUAGAGAUCCUAUACAGUAUAUAUAAUUCUAUAGUCAUUCAUAUUUGGGAAGAACAAUAACUAGGUAGCAUCCUAUUGAUGAAUUUGAUGUCCCAAAACAUUUGCACAAACAGUGAAUAUAAUGUAGUCCUACCUGUUAGGGUAACUUGGGGUAAACCGCCACCCGAGGUAACACGCCCCCUGCCUGAACUUCUCACAGAAACCACUUUUCCACCAUUUCCCCCCUUCCAACAUUUUCCCUGGUUGCCACUACUCUUGCUCAACUAAAAAUCUGUCUCAUCACAAUUUUUUAAGUCACUCCACCAAAAAAAUAUAUUUUACCCCAAGGUACCCUACAAUUGACCCGUGUUACAUUUAGCCCCACUCUCCCCUAGGCACUCACGAUGAAUUGCAGAGCAACUCGCUUAACCAUCCUACUGCUACAAACUCUGGGUUUAAAACGGUGUCGUUUGCACAUAUUUAGGAGUUGAGAAAUAAAAACAUUGGCAACGGAAAGCUGGGAGCCACCUCUUUUUAAUAAAGGCCAUUAAAACUGCUUUUUUCGCGAUUGCAAGAAGUGUUGUGCGUUGACUACUUGUCAGAAUGCAUGUUCGCAUCCCUAUGGCACAGGUAACUUGAAUGCGCCUUGAGAGGAAUGUUUAUAUAUCGCAUAGAAGACACAACAACAAGCCGACUAGGUAAAUAGAUCAACUAUUCCACUAUGGGGUUGGCAGAUUUUUCUAUUCAUUAGUCGUUUUGUUUGCAGAGGAAAAGUACAUGUGGACUGAUCAAGCACCUUCAAAGUGCGCCUCGGCAGAAAUAUUUUUUCAUCUUCCUUAUUUUUAGGGCGUGGCGGCAAUGAUUUUGCCGUGGCGCAGCGCCACAGCAAAAUGACUUCAGCGGAAACACUGUCUAUGAUAUACAGUACCAGUCAAAAGUUUGGACACACCUACUCAUUCAAGGGUUUUUCUUUAUUUGUACUAUUUUUUACAUUGUAGAAUAAUAGUGAAGACAUCAAAACUAUGAAAUAACACAUAUGGAAUCAUGUAGUAACCAAAAAAGUGUUAAACAAAUCUAAAUAUAUUUUAUAUUUGAGAUUCUUCAAAUAGCCAUCCUUUGCCUUGAUGACAGCGCUAAUGAUGAAACUGUCUCUCAUGAGGACCGAUCACAGGAAUGGAAGACCCAGAGUUACCUCUGCUGCAGAGGAUAAGUUCAAUAGAGUUACCAGCCUCAGAAAUUGCAGCCCAAAUAAAUGCUUCACAGAGUUCAAGUCACAGACACAUCUCAACAUCAACUGUUCAGAGGGGACUGUGUGAAUCAGGCCUUCAUGGUCGAAUUGCUGCAAAGAAACCACUACUAAAGGACACCAAUAAGGAGAAGAGACCUGCUUGGGCCAAGAAGCACGAGAAAUGGCCAUUAGACCGGUUGAAAUUUGUCCUUUGGUCUGGAGUCCAAAUUGGACAUUUUUGGUUCCAACCGCUGUGUCUUUGUGAGACCCGGUGUGGGUGAACGGAUGAUCUCCGCAUGUGAAUUUUCCACCGUAAAGCAUGGAGGAGGAGGUGUUAUGGUGCUUUGCUUGUGACACUGUAAUUUAUUUAGAAUUCAAGGCACACUUAACCAGCAUGGCUACCACAGCAUUCUGCAGCGAUACGCCAUCCCAUCUGGUUUGGGCUUAGUGGGACUAUCAUUUGUUUUUCAACAGGACAAUGACUCAACACACCUCCAGGCUGUGUAAGGGCUAUUUUACCAACAAGGAGAGUGAUGGAGUGCUGCAUCAGAUGACCUGGCCUCCACAAUCUCCCGACCUCAACCCAAUUGAGAUGGUUUGGGAUGAGUCGGACAGCAGAGUGAAGGAAAAGCAGCCAACAAGUGCUAAGCAUAUGUGGGAACUCCUUCAAGACUGUUGGAAAAGCAUUAAUCAAGGCAAAUGGUGGCUAUUUGAACUUUUUUGGUUACUACAUGAUUCCAUAUGUGUUAUUUCCUAGUUUUGAUGUCUUCACUAUUAUUCUACAAUGUAGAAAACAGUAAAAAUAAAGAAAAUCCUUGAAUGAGUAGGUGUGUCCAAACUUUUGACCGGUACUGUACAUAACUAAUAUCUAGUGUAGUGUUUCUUGAUGUGAGAACUUUUGUGAUAAAGACAUGAUGAUCUGGUCAUCUGUAGUGAUUCUGAGAACAGAGCAGAGGCCUGAAGAAGCCCUGUGAGACAGCAUGAGGGCAGAGGGCAGAGGGCAGAGGGCAGGGUCUGUUUCCCUUUCUCUCCCUUCAAACAAAUGACAACAUUUUGACUUUUCGUCAUCCUGUGGUUUCCUGAUUUUGUCAUCUUGCAGAUCAAUUAAUAACCGCAAAAUGACUAAAGCAAUUAUCUCGUUCUCUCCUCCCUCUCUCCUCUCUCCCAGGCUGUGAGACCGCUCUUCUCUUCCCUAUGCGUUCCCGUCGCAUCUUCUCCUCGGUGACACCAGACCUCCCUCUCUCCCUGUCUUUCUUCACCGUGUGCCUGUGGGCUAAGCCCGUCUCCAUAUCCAACAGAACCGUGCUGUUCUCCUACGGAACCAAACGGAACCCCUAUGAGAUACAGCUCCUUCUCAGCGGAACCAGGGCUCUCUUCACCGUGGGAGGAGAGGCUCACCUGGUGGAGGGGCGGGGCGUGGUGAAAGGAGGAGGAGUUUGGACCCACCUAUGUGGGUCUUGGAGCUCUGAGCAGGGCAUAGCGUCACUAUGGGCCGAUGGACACAGAGUGGCAUUCACACCCGGGGUGGCCGAGGGCCGCAUGUUACCCGAUGGAGGCUCACUCCAGCUUGGGCAAGAGAAGAACGGCGGUGGGGUCUCUGGAGGGUCAGGUGGCAGUGGGAGUCAGCUGCCUGGGUUUGAGGGAGACUUCGAUGCCAAGUUGGCAUUCGCUGGGAAGAUGACGGGGGUGAACAUGUGGGACCGUGUGCUGGCGGAGGAUGAGAUAUCCCAGCUGGCUUUGCAGGACGGCAAGGGGUGUGAGCAGAGGGGGAAUGUAGUUGGGUGGGGCUUGACGGAGAUUGUGCCUCAUGGGGGCGCUCAGUUCAUCAACUAA